GCGACUGAGCAAAUAAGAGACGCUUGAGUGGUGAUGAAUAUUAUUAUUAUGGGCCUUUCAAUGGAAGCAAGUGCAGGAUGAGGCCGAGGCGGAAGUGGAAUAAUGGAAAUCUGCAUUUGUAAUCACAGCGACCCUCUUUGCAGGCGGAUUAAAACCUGGGUUUGAUUAAUUUGCGAGGUGUAAAAGCUACACUGUAAUACGGAAGGAAAUGUAGCACACUUAACAUAAAUAAGUGCAUGUUCCUCUGAUUUACAUGGUAAUGUCAAAUGACUGUCUUUUACUCUUAUUCAUCCUCACACCUGAAGUAGAAACACCGCCUCCCAUAACAGUCACUACUGUCGCCUAGUAGACCAAACAGAUAUUACGUAAGAGCAGAAUGCAAUUAGGAUUUAAGCCCUGAGUUUAGGCUGAUAGGCGUUGAUCCAGUAGUCAGUUCAUAGAUAUUUGAUAGGGCGUUUAUGAAGUUAUAGGGCGGGACAUGCAUCUGUUCCAGUGCCCUUUGACUGGUGGAUGUGCGCAACGGCGAAGGGGCGGGCCAGUACUUUAACAAACACAGUUUGCAAUGGAGGACUCCAUUGAUGUGAUUCUACAAGACCCGUGUACUGUCCUUCCUCCCCCAAAACACCAUCCAGUUGUGACGGCCUGUACAGGAGCUCUUCUCACAGGCGUGUAUGGACUUUGGAGCCUGUUUGUCCUCCCUGGUUUUCGCAAAAUCCCAUGGAGGCUUAAGGUCCCUUAUGUGCCAUCCAGUAAGGAUCAGACAUUGAACAUUAUGAAGCUCCUAAAGGGACGAACCGGUCGGCUGGCAGAUCUGGGAUCAGGAGAUGGCAGACUGGUGUUUGCUGCCUCUGCUGCUGGCUUCCAGUGCACAGGUUUUGAGAUCAAUUCUAUUCUACUGACAUAUGCCAGGACCAAGGCUCACUGGACAGGACUGCCCUCCAACCAGGCAAACUUUGUUAAUAAAGACUUUUGGAAGACUGAUUUAUCCUCGUACAACAAUGUGACUGCUUUCCUUGCUCCAGGCGUGAUGGAGGUGCUGGGUGAAAAGCUACUGAAAGAGCUACCUGAUGAUGCAUGUGUCAUUGCCUGUCGCUUUCCUUUCCCGAACUGGCCUCAUCAGGCAUCUGCCGGCUCUGGUCUUGACCAGACAUGGGCCUAUGACAUCAGCGCUGUACGUGAAAACCUGAAAAAUGCAUCAGGCACUGUGGUGUUGUAAACCACAGUCUCUGGGUUUUGUCCUCCAUGCACUGUUGUUCUUAACACCACUAAAUAUUUAAUAUACUUGAAUGCAAUGGAAAGCCACCAGUAUUUUUGGACUGUAAUCGGACACACACAGUUGACAAAUAAUUUGGUAAUUUUAAUCACUAAUAAGGAUGGAUAAUCAAGUGUUUUAAAUAUAUUCUUGGAUACUCCAAGGAAGAGUGGGAGCAAGAGGUUAGGAUGCCUCGAGUUAGGAUGACUACAGUUUUCUUGUAGUAUUUGCACAGCAUUUGCACUGCCAGUACAAACUGAUCAUUUGCCAUUUUGCUAUUAAUCACACUGUAAAUGCCAUCGUUCCUCGUUUUAUAAGAUGUACCUCUGACUGAGGCCUCCUUUUUAAGAGGGCUCCCCACAUCAGCACUAAUGAACCCCCUUAGGAACAUACUACACCAAGCUACAAGUGCGUUCCGUGUUUUUGGAUGUUAGACAAGGGUUUUGUUUUUCUUUGUUUGUCUAAGAUUUCUGUCAUGAGUUCUAGACUUGUGUGCUGUAGGAGACAGAUGGUUGGCCAAAGAAAUUAUCUGGGUGGGUAGGUGGGUUGAGAAAGAAUCACAUUUGUUUCCAGUAAGAAUUAGAUUCCACCACCAUUUGUUCAGACUAAGACUGUAAAACAAAUAAACAGUAUUUGACUUGUAUCAGUAUGCGUAUGUGUAAUGUAAUUUAAAGUAUUCAUUUACAGAAUGAGACAGACAUUUGGUACUUGAAUGAGAUGGUCUUCCAAACUGCUGUCUUCCACUUUUCUGUUUACAGUUUGUUUUACAAAUGUUUCAAUGAUUUUGCUGUCCAAAAGAUAAAUAUGCUGUGGCAGUUGGUAGUGGUUAAGAUGCUGUUCAUUCUCCUAGUGCUUAUAUGCCAUCCAUAAUAGCGGACUCGACAAAGUACUAGUCUGCCUGAUUUUAAUGUCAAACUCAGUCUCGCUUGUUUGUGUCCAAUUGCAAAACAAUUUGCACUUAAUAUUAAUAUCAAGUGUAGGGUAAGAAGAAUUUAAAAUGUAGAACAGGAUUGCAACCUGCACUGUGC